GCGGCGUAAACACGUAACACAUCGAGUAGUAGGAUUUAACAUAUUUAAAAUUAAUAUCAUAUUCAUUUAAAUUAGCACAUUUUCUAUGUACAUGUAUUGUCAAAAUACCGAAAAACGUACCGUCUUAACUUAAAAAUAAAAUCUAAAGAGUGAUUAUUUUUAAUAAAAAUAGUUCUUAUUUUGCGCAGGAAUAUGAUUAAUUGGUUUUAAAAGUGAAAGUUACUUCCUAGUUUAUUCCUGGUGUGUACUCUGUCAGUAACAGAAUGACAGACUACAGCCAUUCAGCCUGGAACAUUGUGCUACUUCUAUUAUACAUCAGCUCAGUGUGGUGUGACCUGUACAUGCACAACCCACGGGGCUCAAACAACAGGCUCAAUGAAAAGACGGCCACUAGAACUCAGAACGACAGAAUAUUUGAUUCUCAGAACAACGCUCGGGGUGGCUACAAUGUUGGAGAUAAGACUUCCGAUCCUGCUGGGGGUAAUGCUGCGAACCAAUACCAAAUGCAUUACUUUCAAAGCGGCUCAUCAGGUGACAGCCUGUUGACCUUGGAAUGGACCAAUCAGCAUGGCUGUGGGGGUAAUGAGGAUACAGACCCUCAAAAGCAGAACUGCAACCUCGUGAUUCAGUUCAUGUGUGAGGAUGCCAUUAGCAAUAUACCAGCCCUCAAGGAUCAAAUACGUGAUGGAACUUCGACCAAUCGCAUGGAGUAUUCCCCUCCCCCUAACGAUGAAACAGAGGCAGCAAAGGACACGAGGAAACAAGGAGCACUGGACACAAGCAGAGGACUGCAGGAAUCAUGGGAGGCCUAUGACAGCUGCUAUGUCAGGGAACGUAACAAUGGCUUAUUUAAGGCUGACCAAAAAUUGAAGAAAAACAGCAAGGGUUAUACCAGUGCAAUACAUACUCGACAAAAUCCAAACGGAAACAGAAAUGGCUAUGAAUGCCCAGAGGAGAGGGACUACUUUCCUUACUGGCACCCAACCCAGUGGAAGGAUAUUGCAGUGCUUGCAGAAAAUAGUUCCAUGUGCAAUCAUUACACUUCAAAGAGUUUUAACACCCAACCAUACCACAGUUGUGUGGAGCUUUGGCCAAGCGGGAAGAGGAAACAUGCUUCGCGCUGGAACAACGAGGCAGAGUGUACAAAAAACAGCGGUCGCUGGAUACAAUUCUAUAACUACCUGGAGAAAGCACCAGCAUUCACUUCUGAAGCGGCAUGUGUGGCAGCCAGUAGUGGUAAGGUCCGGUACAUCUGGGGGGUGCCUCAUGACGCCAGUGAUGUCAAUGCCAAACAGUGCCUUGUUGCCCUGGGAACGGUAGACUGCAAGGCCGCUCCUUGGUCCAGGUCAAACCACUUGGGGAAUGGGAGAGGGGAUGGUCUGCCACUUACCUACACAUGGACUCUCCCAUAUUUUCCAUCAUCUCAUGAUCACAAGUGUGUCCUAAGAAUGAGGUACAACAUCAGCACAGAUGAUUAUGACCCCUACAAGACCAACUCCCAGUUUGACCAGGUGGGCAAUGUCCAGUCCCCUGUGCAGAACAACAUUCAGAUAGACGUGGGUGGACCCACAAAACUCCAGAUGGCCCUUAACACUGACCAAACAGGACGAGUGUUUGAGGAUAGAAGUCAUGUCUUCAAUCUUGUUAGAAGACCAGCUGGUCUGGACAAUGAGCGCAUCUAUAACCUGAAUACACGAGGCAAGCGCGGGAAUAUUGUGCAGGUAUACCCGGCCGUAGAAUACGACUUCACACCCAACAAUCUGCGCAUCACUGACAGAGACCUUGUGCAUAUACAGUGGACAGGAUCAAAUACACAUAAUAAUGAUGAACCAGGUGGAGAUGGUGAUACAGGAAAUGAUGGUGAGGGGACUGCAGGCACUGACAGAAUCAACAUUGCUCAGAUUGGGGACCGCAACGAUAACCUGCCUCUGACCUUCGAGAAGUCAACCAUGUGGAACAAUGCAGAUAUUGUGUGGAUGCAUCAUGGGAAGACGGACAUUUCUCCAAAAGAUCUAGCACUCGAGAUGGCAUCAUCUGGCUACUACAGGUGUUUCAAGAAGGCCUCGUGCCCCGAUGCUGCCCACAAGGACUACAUCGUGGAGACUAAGACCACGCCCCUGCAGAACCAGCUCAACAACGCCCCGGCCUCCUAUCCAGGGGGGCUACUGCGCUUCAAGAAGGGCACCUACCAUUACAUGUGUACAAGGAACAACAAUUUUAGCAACCGCUCAAACAAAGGCACAAUAAUUGUGAACUAGUCUCUUUAGGAGAUACAUUUUGAGCUUUGUAGUGGGAACAUGGGGCUUAAAGGGGCCUUUUCACAGAUUUUUGCAUGUUUUGAAGUUUGUUAUUAAAUGCUUUCUAUUGAUAAUUGCAAACAUUGGUUAUAAAAAGCUCCAGUACAAAAUCGAGAAUAAAAUUUAAAAAUAAAAAUAAAAAAAUUUAACCCUCAACAAGGCUCAAACCACUGACCCCUAGAGUCCUGGAGUAAAAGUAUAUAGCAUUUAAACCACUCGGCUAUCCGCACUCACACAGCUACGAAAGUAUUUUAUACUUUAUAAAAGUAAUCCUCGUAGUUUCACAAAAUAUAGCGACAACAAUAGAACUCUCCAAAUUAUCCAAUUGUUUAGCGUUGCAACGCUUUAUCAUUUUCAGGUUUCUAAAUCAUCAAAAGAUGCAUAUAAUGGCUAUUUUAGAGCAUGGUAAAUGUUUAGUAUUACCGUUUCCUCACAAAUAUCAUAACUAAAACGAAAAAUUGCGAAUCCGAAACAACUUUUUAUAAUUUUGUCAAUUUACCAAAAUGUGAAAAGGCCCCUUUAAUGCAUGUUCUUAAAGUAUCGUACCAGAUUAGUCUGUGCAUCAGGGACUGACGCUGACACUGAAUUGAAAUUUUGCUAAUAACAGACUUCCUUUAUACAAAAAAUACCAUUAAAGCUGGAACAGGCUAAUCUGGGAUGACACUUUUUGCACAUGCAUUAAGCUCUGUUUUCUAAGAGCAAGGCUCUUUUUCUGUUUUUCUUCUAUUUUAUUUCCAAGUUAAACAUUUUAAUGUUUAUAAAUAUUUAUAUUUUUUUUAUAUUCUUACUUGACGUGUGUUUUUUGUGUGUUGUUUAUUGUGAUUUGAUAGUGAAAUAUUAUACAGUUUUAACUUUGUAACUAUUUAAUUUAUAUUCUGAUAAAUAUCUGUACUGAACAAUCUGAAUAUAUUUUCUUCAUUUGAUAGUACAUCUCUGAAUAUCUGUCUGCUCUUUGCUACCGUUUUGUUUUGUCGGGUGUGAAAGUGUCACAUGUAUUGGAUAACUGUUUAAUCUAUGUUGAUUAAAGAUGUCCCAUUAUAAUGAUUACAUGUAACCUUUUGUUUUAUUUUUUUUAAAUAGCUUUAAACAAUUUAAGCUUUAAGUAGUUUAAAUUAAUUUUGAAUAUUUCUUACUUGUAUCUUUUGCACCCCAAAAAUAAAAAAAACAAAGACAUGUACCAUAGUCAUGAUUUCAGUUAAUUCAAUUUGAUUUCCUUGAAACACCAACUUAUUUAUAUGUUUAUUUUUCUACCAUUAAUCCAGCAAUAAUUGACAAGAAAAUUAAACAACCCCUAUCAUGGAAAUGAACCCAACUAAAGAAAAACUUAAAAUUUAGUUUCGUGUUCACUAGUGUAUUUUGUGCAUUUGCAUUUUUUAACAUCAAGGAUUUUGAUAAAUAAAUAAGUCUGAUAGUAAAUCAUAUUUAUUAAGUCGUGAAUAGGACUUCAGCAAUUUACAUUAUAAUUUCUAUUAAUAAAUUGGUACAUUUCAUUUAUAUAACACUACCUUACUUUAUUGCUAAAUUAUUUGACUUGACGUCUCUCUUAUGAUGCAAUGUUAUUCAUUUGGUUUACACCAGUGACCAUGCAUAUACUCUUUAUUAUCAAUGCUAUUGUUCGUUUAUCAUUUGUGGGUGUUGGUUUGUGUAUUAGAAAGCAGCCUGAUGCUAAAUUCUUUUAAUUUAAUUUCAGUUAUUUUUUUAGAGAAAUUUUGAAGAAAGUAUGAAAGUAAAAAACUUGUUUCCAUUCUAAUUACAGUGAUUAUUUAUGAAUUUUAUAAGGGAGUUAUAAGUUGAAAAAAAAGUGUUAAAAUUAUAAAUUCUUUUUAGCUAUGUUGAUAUUUAUACAAGUAAUGUACUAUAUAAUACAUUUUCCAACAUGCAUGUCUAAUAUUUCAGUGAAGUCUAGUCAUUCAUACACAUGGUAUUUUUUAUGUAAUUUUUCAGUUAUGAUUAAAUCUGGUUCCAUAAGCAUUGAUCAGAUUUAUUUAUAUCAAACAAAACUGCUUUCAAUGUUGAAAUUAGCCCUUUGUUUGUAUAUUGACUGAUUAAAUGUGCAUUUGUCUAUAUAUUCAGCUACUUAAGACUUAAUUCAUCCAAAAUAAAUAUGAUUUCAAAAUGCAUAAAAUAUAUUUAUUUGCAUAUUGGCUAAUAUGCCUUGGGGCAUUGGCAAAUCUCAUAAAUAUAGUAUAGCAUAGCCAUGACAUACUGUUUAAUGCAAACAUACAUGCUUUUAGGAAUAUGCUGUUAUUUAGAAAUUGUACGAGUAUUACAAAAGCAUUGAAACAUCCAACUUAAAAUAUAAGGUCUUCACUACAAAAUAAAGGCAAUAUUUUUUUGAUAAAUUUGAUUCUUUCUUUGAAAGGCAACGUAGGCACCUUGAUUUUGUUUUCAAAUUUUUCCUAUCAACAUAGCCAGUCAUUGUUUUGAAAUGAAAAUGAUACUUUUAUAAAUAAUUUUGAUAUAUUAACACCAACAUACUGUUUUUAAGGGAAUCUAUUGAGAAUAAUUUGCACAAUAUUUGUAGAAAUAGUUUCUAGUAUUUUACUGAAAAUUCAUUUUUUCUGAGACAAAAUAUAUUAUUCAUGUUUUUUGUUUGUUUAUUUGAGUGAUAGAUUUUUAUAGAACAGUAAUUAACUUUAAUUUACCAAAUACAACUAUCAAUUUAAGCUACAUCAAGAAUAUUGCAUGAAUUCCAAAGCAUGCUGUUGGCCGAAUCUAUAGAACCGAUGAAACUAUAAUAAAAAUGUUCAACAUAUCGGUUAUGUAAAACUUUUACUCAAAUUAUAGAUUGUAGAAGGUUAACUAUUAUAAUGAUUAAACAAUACUAACCAACACAUAUUGCAACAUAAUAUAUAUUUAGUUUUGUCACAACUAUGUUAAAGUGUAUACAAUCUCAGUGGAAAAUCUCGAGACAUGCCCAUCCAAUUCAGAAUAUGUAAAACAGCUGUAUAAAAAAAGUGUACUCUUUUUAUCUUGUUGUUAUUGCUAAUUGUACAUAUCAUGUAUGUUUUCAUGUCGUUGUACUUUCUAUACUUGCGUAACCUGUUAAUACUCAUUUCAGUGUAUAUUGUACUUAUUUCUGCUGGAUCAGAUAUUGUUUGUAUACAUGUCCAUGUAUGCUUUAUAAUACAUAACAUAUCAAACUA